CUAACCUUUUCAAUAAGUGACUAACUUCAACUUCCUCACGAUAUUAUUUAUUAAUUUAUAAAGUGAAAAAGUCAAGGUUAAAAUAAAUUUAAAAAACUUUUAUCUAUAAUUGUUAUCAUUCUGAAAAAAAAUGUUUUUACAUAUGUUAAAAAAAAUUACUAGUCAAGUUUGAUAAUUAUCUAAGAACCUCAAGUAUUAAGUGCCUGUAAUAUAACCUCAAACUUACGUGAAACACACCUGCAAGUAUUUGAUUAUAAAAUAUUUUAAAAUAAAUUCCUUGUAAAUUGAAAUUAAAAAUGAGUACAAAGUUCAUUCAGCUUGAAUCAAUAGAUAUUUUAUCUAAAAUACCAUCUUAUCAUAUCAUUUUGCAAGGAUUUAUCUUUCUAUGGGUCGCAUGGUUUAUUUCUAAGAGACGACAAAGAGAGAAUCGACAACAACCCUCCGAAGAAGAGGUUCAAAGAAAAUUGACAGAAUGGCGACCUGAACCAUUGGUUCCUCAAAAUUCAAAAGAUCAUCCUUCAUUAACACCAAGAAGUGUCACAUCACUCGUUGGCAAAAGAGUGACAAUUGAUGGCAAUAAUUGUCUAAAUCUUGCGACUCACAAUUAUUUAGGUUUAGUUGGUAAUAAUGAAAUUCAAGAGAAGGCAAUGGCUACAAUUCAAAAAUAUGGAGUUGGUUCCUGUGGACCACGAGGAUUUUAUGGAACAGUGGACGUUCAUCUUGAAUUGGAAGAACGUUUAGCAAAAUUCAUGAAUAUGGAGGAGGCCGUUGUUUAUUCUUAUGGAUUUAGUACAAUUGCUUCAGCAAUUCCUGCAUUUUGUAAACGAAAAGAUUUAGUUUUUGUCGAUGAAAUGGUGAAUUUUUCAAUUCAAAAAGGCCUCGAUGCUUCACGAUCAAAUGUCAAAUAUUUUAAGCACAAUGACGUGAAUGAUUUGAAGAAUCUUUUAUUGGAACAGGAAAAAAUUGAUAAGAAAAAUCCUAAAAAAGCGGCAAAUACUCGUCGAUUUUUAAUUGUUGAAGGAAUUUACAUGAAUACAGGAUGCAUUUGUCCCUUGCCAGAAUUUGUUGCUCUUUGUAAAAAAUAUAAAUUGAGGAUUUUUAUCGAUGAAUCAAUUUCGUUUGGCACUCUUGGAAUUCAUGGGAGAGGAGUCACGGAAUAUUUUAAUGUUCCCAAGGAGGAUAUUGAUAUGAUAAUGGCUUCCCUGGAAUGGUCAAUUGGUUCAAUAGGUGGAUUUUGCGUGGGUUCAUCGUUUGUAAUCGAACAUCAUAGAUUAUCAGGACUUGGUUACUGUUUCUCAGCAUCACUUCCACCACUUUUAACAACGGCAGCUAUUACCUCUCUCGAUAUAAUGGAAAGAAAUUUGGAAAUUUUUAAGCAAUUAAAACGAAAUUGUUUGUCACUCGUCGAUGGUCUCAAUGAAAUUGAAUAUUUUGAUUGUACAAGUUUCAAAGAAUCACCAGUAAAACAUCUUUAUUUAAAGGAGAAACGAAAUCUCGCUGACGAAAUGAAAAUUCUCAAUGAAAUAUCCAAGAAAUGUAUUGACAGUAAUUUGGCAAUUAUUAUGCCAGCGUACCUUGAAGCUGAGAUAAAAAUGCCAAGACCCAGCUUGAGAAUUUGCGUUUCUUCAACUUUAAAUCAGGAAGAUAUUCAAUUCACCUUGAAGACCUUGAAGAAUUGCUCUGCACAAGUUUUAGGUUUUUAUAAUUAAUUCUUUUUAUUAUUUUUAUUCUUAGUAAUAAAAUGAUGUCUAUAAUAUUAUUAUAUUUAAUAAUAACUAUGGUAAUAUUAUGGUAGCUAUACUAUUGCUAUGGUAACAAUUCUUACUAACGAGUACUACAUUAUUAUCAGUAUUUGGUAUUGUAGUAUCAUUGUUGCCAUAGUAACCAUUUUAUAUAUAUAUAUCAUUUUACUACAAUAUAGAGAAAGAAAUUUUUAUUUUCAAACUAGUUUCAAUUACAUUUGAUUAAAUAGUUCAUUAAUUUAUUUAAUUAAUUUUUUUUCAUUUGAUAAAUUUUGAAUAAAUUAAAAAAAAAUUAUUUUGAACCAAAUAAAUAUUUUACAAUUCAAAGAAAUAUUUAUUUGACAAUAGUCAAUUCAAUUUGAUUCAAUUAUAUUCCUUUUUCAGUAAUAUCUAAAAAAAAAAAUUUAUGAAAAUUGUAAUUUAAACUAUAUAAACACAAAUUUGAAUAUUAUCUUUAUUCUGUUUUAAAAAGGCUAUAUUUCAGUAUUAAUAGUACAGAUUACAUUAUGCAGAUUAAUUAACAAUCUCGACUGUUGCUAUAUAUUUUUAUUUACAAUCUAUAUAUGUAUACACGGCUAUGAAUUUAAUUGUAAAUAGAAUUAGAAUAAACGCUGUUAAUAUUUUUUAA